AUGCCCAGCAAAACCAAGUACAACCUUGUGGACGAUGGGCACGACCUGAGGAUCCCUUUGCACAAUGAGGACGCCUUCCAGCACGGCAUCUGCUUUGAGGCCAAGUACGUAGGAAGCCUAGAUGUGCCGAGACCCAACAGCAGGGUGGAGAUCGUGGCUGCCAUGAGACGAAUACGGUAUGAGUUUAAAGCCAAGAAUAUCAAGAAGAAGAAAGUGAGCAUUAUGGUUUCAGUGGAUGGAGUGAAAGUGAUUUUGAAGAAGAAGAAAAAGCUUCUUUUAUUGCAGAAAAAGGAGUGGACGUGGGAUGAGAGCAAGAUGCUGGUGAUGCAGGACCCCAUCUACAGGAUCUUCUAUGUCUCUCAUGACUCCCAAGACUUGAAGAUCUUCAGCUAUAUCGCUMGAGAUGGUGCCAGCAAUAUCUUCAGGUGUAACGUCUUUAAGUCCAAGAAGAAGAGUCAAGCUAUGCGAAUCGUCCGGACGGUGGGGCAAGCCUUUGAGGUCUGCCACAAACUGAGCCUACAGCACACACAGCAGAAUGCAGACGGCCAGGAAGAUGGGGAGAGUGAGAGGAACAGCAAUGGCUCAGGGGAACCAGGCCGCCAGCUCACGGGAGCUGAAAGAGCCUCCACUGUCACCGCAGAGGAGACUGACAUCGACGCAGUAGAGGUCCCACUCCCAGGGAAUGAUGUCCUGGAAUUCAGCCGAGGUGUGACCGACCUGGAUGCUGUAGGAAAGGAAGGAGGUUCCCACAUGGACUCCAAGGUCUCACCCCAUCCUCAGGAGCCCACACUGACAGCUUCGCCCCGCAUGCUGCUUCCUUCUUCUUCCUCGAAGCCACCAGGCUUGGGCACAGGGACGCCGCUGUCCACCCACCACCAGAUGCAGCUCCUCCAGCAGCUCCUCCAGCAACAGCAGCAGCAGACGCAAGUGGCUGUGGCCCAGGUUCACUUGCUGAAGGAUCAGUUGGCUGCCGAGGCUGCAGCUCGGCUGGAGGCCCAGGCCCGCGUGCACCAGCUUCUGCUGCAGAACAAGGACAUGCUCCAGCACAUCUCCCUGCUGGUCAAGCAGGUGCAGGAGCUGGAGCUGAAGCUGUCAGGACAGAAUGCCAUGGGCUCCCAGGACAGCUUGCUGGAGAUCACCUUCCGCUCCGGAGCCCUGCCUGUGCUCUGUGAUCCUAUGACCCCCAAGCCAGAGGACCUGCAUUCUCCGCCAUUGGGCGCAGGCUUGGCUGACUUUGCCCAUCCCGCGGGCAGCCCCUUAGGUAGGCGCGAUUGCUUGGUGAAGCUGGAGUGCUUCCGCUUUCUCCCGCCCGAGGACACCCCACACCCUGCGCAGGGCGAGCCGCUCCUGGGUGGCCUGGAGCUCAUCAAGUUCCGAGAGUCCGGCAUCGCCUCAGAAUAUGAGUCCAACACGGACGAGAGCGAGGAACGGGAUUCGUGGUCCCAGGAAGAGCUGCCACGCCUGAUGAAUGUCCUGCAGAGGCAGGAGCUGGGCGACAGCCUGGAUGACGAGAUAGCCGUGUAG